AUGGAUGCUUUUCGCGCACUGAUUUAUUCAAUUCGUCGAAUGACGACGCUGUUUAUUUCGGGUUUACAAACGAAUUUCUAUGCGACCUACACGACCGGAUCAUCUUUAGCGAUCAGUGCAAAUCAAUAUCAAGAUCAGCAAGGAAAUGUGUGUAGUUGUUUCGGAGCAUUAGAUUGCAUCUCACCGGCGACUAUCUUUGAUACCACGAAUGAAAUUGUCGUAAUGACAAUUUCGGGUCUAUUUGCUGGCUGUUUACCGGUGAAUUCUAUCUUGCUUUCUACAAUCGAAUGUUUCUACAAUCAAACAUGCAUUGACAAUCUUCUAUCAUACUUUUCAACUAAUGAAAUUUUUACAGCAAUGAAGAUCAAUGAUCAAAGUCAUUUUCCUCCGAAUUCAUCGAUCGGAUCGAUUGUUAAUCGAUUGAUGAUCGAAGAUUUAACUAUAAAUAUCUCGUGCGAAAAGUACUUUAAUCAAUGUUCACCUCACAUGUGUACUUAUUCAAACACUCGACGGCAUGGAAUUGUAUUCAUUACUGAAAGAAUUAUCGGGCUUCUAGGUGGAUUAACUCUCGUGCUGCGAUUGACCGUUCCAACUAUUGCGCGACUUAUCAGACGCAUCAUAAAUUACAAAUCAAGUGGAGGAGUUUCCCUUUGCAUGCGUCUAAGGACAGUCGCACGAAUUAUUCACAGACUCGUCAAGGAAUUGAAUCUUUUCAAACAACAAGGAAGCAAUGAUCACCAAAUUCGUCAUCAACGGAUAGUCAGUCGACUGUUUAUCUUACUAUUCGUAGGCAUUUCAGCUGUAUUAGCACUCUAUAUAUACUUAAGUACCGAUGCUUAUUAUGAAAUAGUUCAUAAUCCGGAUGAAAACCAAUUUGAUCGAUUGCAAAAGAAUUAUUCAACUAGUUUAUCAUGUCCAUGUUCGACAACAUCACUGCAAUAUUCGACUUUUCUUAGUAUUGAACCUCGGUAUCACCAGUUAUGUUCGAGUGAUUUCGUUUCUUUGGAUUGGAUCACUUACGUUUCUUUGGUAUAUCACAUCAACGAGUAUUAUCGUUUGGAUUAUCGACUUAGUGGUGCGGGUUUCUUCUAUCUUGUCAGUCUGUUUUGUACAGAGACAAAGGAAACAGUCGAUCGUGCUCUGAGCGUCUUUUUGCAAACUCAGUUAGUCAAUUCUCAAGUUCUUUCACGAGAAUUCUUUGAAUCUCAAUCAAACUCAUUAAUUCAAAACUGGCAAUCAACUACUGUUCAUCAAUUUAUCCGUACAAUUCAACUGAUGGAUGCUCUUGUGCAAGGAAAUCGAUUAAAUAGUGGCCAAUUGAACGUUCAAUUUACCUUGAAUCGAGCUACCCGAGAAGCACGAAUGAUCCCACAGAAAUACGACCUUUGUACAUGCGGAUUGUCUCCAUGCUUAAAAAUACUCUCCAUUUAUAAUUAUAGUUUGACUAAGAAUGAUUACACUCAAAUAUUUCAAGUUCCUCAUUUUUAUACCGGAUGCUACUCAUUUAAUUUUACUUUUUAA